UUUUAGGUAAGUCUUCAAUCAUGUCUGUAAAUAUCAACCUUCUAAUGACAAUUUUGCCUUGUGUCAUGCACCUAUGUACAUGGCUAUCCUGCACAUAGAUUUGUGAGAUCAAAACAUACAAAAAGAAUGAAUUUUGGAGGGAUCUCUUAGAACCUACCUUAGAUUUGUUGAUCAUAGGUUAAGCCCAACCCCAAGACUUCUCUCAUAGUUAAGCUGGGACUAGCUUUAAGCUCUAAGUGCAGACUUAAUCUUUCAUACAAGAAAAUCAAUUUUAUAUAAAGAUUCAAGAGUUCAUCAUCUAAAAAUCCUGAAGAGAUUAUAUACUUCGGCAUUUUUCUUAUAUUUUCCUAUUUCCUUGUACAGAUGCCCAGGUGAUGGGAAAUCUCUGAUUAUUUAUUCUCCAAAGAUUUAAAAAUUAUCCGAUUGGAAGCUCUUCCAUUGAGCCACUUUGUGGAAAAAUCCUGGAGGUUAGCCUAUGGCAAACAUUUUCAUAAAUUUUUAGGUUAUCAUCCUAAAUUUUUAAAGCCAAGAAGGUACCUUAAAGUAGACAAAGAAUUUUACGAGGCGAUCAAGGAGUAAUUCUCGUGAUAUAAGACAUAGCUAACACCUUAGGAUGAUGCUUAAAUAUAUUAAGCACUCCGCCUGCCUUCCUUGUGAUAUUUCUCCUAUUUUUAAAACUCAAACAAUGAAUUGUCAAAUUGAAGAUCUCGAUUGUGAAGAAGGGUAAACUUUUGUGAUUUAUUUUCAUGGUUUCCUCUUGUUGAUAAGUCUGAUUUCAUUAAUAGUGGCCCUAUUACACCAAGUCUAAAAUAUUCCUGAUUUUAACACUAGGGUCUUAGCCCAGUCCUAAUCUGAAAUUUUGAGACUAUUUCUUCAGACCUACUUAUUGCUAAAAAGAUGAAAUUGAGAACUCAUUUCAGCGAUAGUAAAGAGGAUUCUGAUACAUAAAUCUCUGGAUUAGCAUCUCAUUACAGUCUUUGUACAAGAAGGCAAACAUUAGUAAUAGCCCUAUAUGCUAGGAUAAAGUAUUUUUGCUGUUUUUUUACAAUAACCUGAGCCCUAGAUGCUGCUCAACAAUUCAUCAGAAUUUAUGAAACUUUUUCAUUUACAUAGGUAAAGUUUAAUGCUAAAUUCAAGACUUUAUCACAGUUAUAAUCAACUUGAGCCUAUUUUUACCAAAAGAAAUACUGGGUAGAUUUUGUCUGCCAUUUUUCCAGAAGCCUAAGUUGGCAGGUUAUGGACAAUAGAGAAUUACCCUAAUCCUUAAUAUUAUCCAUAUGAGCCUCGCAUGUAGCCAAUCAAGUUAUCCUUCAGUCCUUUGGACUAUAAAUCAACAUUAUGGUGUUGAAUAGAAGGUAUUUCAUGAGACAAAACUUAGUUUAAUGAAAAUUUAGAACAUUUUCCCCCAUAUUUGAUAAAUUUAUUAAAUUAAUUAAGUUAAAGUUAAAAUUUUGAGAAAAUUUCCUAAAGUAGCUUGCUUAUUAAAAUCUCCAAUUUAGCAGAAAACUAGUGAUUAUAUGAGCUAUUAAAUCAUAGUGGCUUCUCGAACUUAUAACGUGUAUUCCUGGAUUCUAAAGUCUUUAGAAAAGUCAAAAAUUGUCAGAAUUUUAGAAGAAGAUUUUAGAUAAAGUACUUCAGUGUUGGGACUGGAUGGAAGAAUAUUUACAAAACAACACUAAAUCAUACCAGAACAUCCCUUCAGAACAGUCCUUUUCAACAAGACAAUUUAUCACGAAGCCUCGAAACAAAGGCAGGUGGUCGUACGAAGAACAUGAUCUCUUCAUCAAUUGCCUCAAAAAAUUUGGCAAAGACUGGGACGUAUUAGAGCAAAUGAUUCCAACAAGGUCGAGCAUCCAGAUCAGGUCUCACUGCCAUAAAUACCUUGACCAGAUCAAGAAGGACUUCCAGACCGAAGACCCCAUGGAAUGUGUGCUCAAAGGCAUGUGAGAUGCCUCUCCAUUAUACCAGUUCAAGUCUCCUGAAGUUGCUCCAUUAGUCAAAAUCAAAAUGGAUGAUGCCUCAACUCACUUGAAUAUGGCAAGCUAUGGGACUUGUUUCGAUAGAGGACAGGAAACCAGUACCAAAAACAGCUCGUUCGGGCGUUCGUCAUGCGAAGCUGAAUAUAUUUCUACAAACAUGGAGAAGCUGAAGAAAAGAGACUUUAAAUACGUCCAAAAGAACACAGAGAACACCAUUAAAAAGUCUUUUUCCUCAUCCAUAAGCAGAGAGAAGAGGUUUUCUAAGAACAAAAACUCAGAGAAGUUAGUUGGAGCUGAGGAAGCUUUCUAUAGAACAAUUCAACCUAUGAAUUCGCCAAAUUUUGACACUCUAGAGGUAAACCAAGAUUGCCCUGCAAAGAGUCAAAAUCAGGAAUCUAGAAAAGCUUCUGACUUGUCAUCAUAUGUCAAAAAUGGUGCUCAUGUGCUAAUGCUUGGCAAAAGAAAAUUGAUCAUUCAAGCAGACAGAAUAGAAUCUGUAAUACCUUACCAACAAAAGAAACUGCAAGGGGGAGGCAAUAUGUUUAUCCCUCAAGGAUUAUGAGAGAUUCAGAUUAUCCCUAUGAAUAAGAUUAAAGAGAAUAUUUGUCAAGAUAUGAACUCCAAGAAAGUAUCCCAAAAUUUCAAUAGAGCGAGCAUCCAAGGAUGCCCUUCACAAUCUGAUGCGACUCAAAUAGGGUGUAAUACGACUAAUUUGAAUCAGAGACGUACCGAGUCCCAUAAAAGUACCAAUAGCCCGAACUUACCUCAAGGAAUGGAAUUUCUGAAACAGAUUUUCUGUCUAUCUGUUCUUGAGCAAGACUAAGGUAGAAGUUCUUAAAAAUAUGUCGGAAUACCAAAGAGAAAUUAGGCAUAAUUUCUUUGUUUCUCAAAACCAAAUCAUUUUC